ACUUUGCUUUUCUUCUGUCCGAUCCAGAGGAGUGAAAAAGGAAGAAUAUGUCAGGCCCUCAGUGCUGUUCGAACCCACCAACACUGAACCCCAACAGUGGAGGAGGCCAUGUUGAGGAGAUUGGUGGCCUCAAGUCCUAUGUCACCGGCUCUCCUAAUUCCAAAUCUGCCAUUCUUCUUGUCUCUGAUAUAUUUGGAUAUGAAGCUCCAAACUUGAGAAAGCUUGCCGACAAGGUUGCAGCUGCAGGGUUCUAUGUGGUGGUUCCUGAUUUCUUCUAUGGCGAUCCCUUUGCACCUGAAAACUCUGAAAGGCCUGUAAUGGUUUGGAUAAAAGAUCAUGGAGCAGAUAAGGGUUUUGAGGAUGUAAAGCCAGUAGUUGAUGCUUUGAAAAGUAAAGGAAUAUCAGCAAUUGGGGCUGCUGGUUUCUGUUGGGGUGCUCAAGUUGUGGUUCAAUUAGCAAACACUGGGCUUAUUCAGGCAGCUGUGCUGUUACAUCCAUCAUUUGUCAGUGUGGAUGAUAUCAAAGGUGUUAAGGCUCCCAUUGCAGUGCUAGGUGCUGAGAUGGACCAAAUUUCUCCACCUUCACUCUUGAAACAGUUUGAAGAUGCCUUGAAUGCUAAGCCUGAGGUUGAUAGCUAUGUGAAGAUAUUUCCUAAAGUGGCACAUGGUUGGACAGUGAGGUAUGAUGUCAAUGAUGAAGCAGCUGUGAAGCCUGCAGAUGAAGCUCAUGCAGAUUUGUUGGCGUGGUUUGCCAAGUAUGUCAAGUGAGAAACCUACCAUAUAAUGUAGUUAGUGUGUGACGUACCGUCGGUUAUAUUGUAGUUUUUAUUAUAGCCCUUGUGUGUUUGUUAAGAAUAAAGGUAGAAGUUUUUAUGUAUUCGUACUUUAAUCUUAUUGUGUGAGAUGAAACAUUUCCUAGAUGAACGAUUCCAUAAGUGGAUAAUGUGUAAUCCUGUAUGCUCUUUGAAACUAAUGGAAUCUCCAUGGCAUGGCUUGUGUACUGAAUUGUAUCCUUGGUUUUUGCUGUGGAGGUCAUGGCAUAA